GAACGGUAUAAUAAUCCAAUCCUCUUAGAACUAUAAAAACAUGCCUGGCCUAGACCUCAUAGACCAUUCUCCUCACCAGCCAUCUCCGCAGCCCCCUCUUCCGACUGCAUCAAAUCUAAUCCUUAUCGACAACUAUGACUCUUUCACGUGGAAUGUAUAUCAGUACCUCGUUCUAGAGGGCGCUACUGUGACCGUGUACAGGAAUGAUGAGAUCACGCUUGAUGAGCUAAUCGAGAAGCAGCCGACUCAAAUUGUUGUGUCUCCAGGCCCAGGCCAUCCGGACACAGAUGCUGGGAUCAGUAAGGAUGUAAUUCGUUAUUUUGCUGGGAAGAUACCUGUGCUGGGAGUGUGCAUGGGAGAACAAUGCAUGUACUCCGUAUUUGGUGGGAGCGUCGAGGUUACUGGUGAGAUUCUUCAUGGCAAGACCUCCCCGCUCCGCCACGACAACAAAGGUUGCUAUGCCGGCCUGCCCCAGGAUCUUCCUGUGACACGCUAUCACUCUCUGGCAGGCACACAUUCAACGCUCCCGGAUUGCCUGGAAAUCACGUCUUGGAGUGCUAUGUGCGCAGAUCCUUCCAAGACGAUCAUCAUGGGCAUUCGACACAAGGAGUACGUCGUAGAGGGCGUGCAAUUCCACCCGGAAAGCAUCCUGACUGCAGAGGGGCGACCCAUGAUCCGAAACUUCCUGAUGAUGCAGGGGGGGACUUGGAAGGAGAAUGAGCGCCUGCAAAAGGAGAGAGCCAGCAAAUCGGCAAAUGGAUUAAAUGGCCCGGCAAAAGACAAACAAACUUCUAUCCUGGAGAAAAUCUACGCCCACCGCAAGACAGCAGUUGAAGCCCAGAAACAAAUUCCGUCGUUGCGGCCGGCAGACUUGCAAGCAUCAUAUGAUCUGAAUCUCUCUCCGCCACAGAUCUCUUUCCCUGACAGGCUAAAGCAAUCACCGUAUCCGCUUUCACUUAUGGCUGAAAUCAAGCGUGCCUCCCCUUCGAAAGGCAUCAUAUCUAUCUCUACAUGCGCGCCCUCCCAAGCACGUAAAUAUGCCCUUGCCGGUGCCAGCGUCAUUUCCGUGCUCACGGAGCCUGAAUGGUUUAAAGGCAGCAUCGAUGAUUUACGCGCUGUGCGACAAGCUCUUGAAGGAAUGCCAAACCGGCCUGCAGUCUUGCGGAAGGAAUUUGUCUUUGAUGAAUAUCAGAUCUUGGAAGCGCGCUUAGCGGGGGCGGACACGGUCCUUCUCAUUGUCAAGAUGCUUGAUCAGCCGUUGUUAGAACGACUGUACAAGUACUCUCAAUCUCUGGGCAUGGAGCCUCUCGUUGAAGUUAACAACGAAGAGGAGAUGCGUAUUGCCGUGAAUCUAGGCUCGAAAGUCAUCGGUGUGAACAAUCGUAACCUUGCGAAUUUUAAUGUUGAUCUAGACACGACAAGUCGAUUGACGGGUAUGGUCCCCAAGGAUACAGUAGUCUGUGCUCUAAGCGGUAUCUCCGGACCCAAGGAUGUGGAGCCUUAUCUUAAGAAUGGUGUUGGUGCCGUGCUGGUUGGCGAGGCACUAAUGCGGGCAGAGGACACAACGAGAUUCAUUGCAGAGCUACUCGCUGGUGACAAUCUUCCCGUAACCACAAAAGAGAUUCCUGUACGCAAAGUCAAAAUCUGUGGGACUAGGUCUCCUGACGCAGCCAAAGUUGCUAUUAAUGCUGGAGCUGAUGCAAUCGGCAUUAUUCUUGCCACAGGCAGAAAACGGUGUUGUUCCACUGAAACCGCACUGUCAAUAUCGAAGGUCGUGCACUCAAUGCCCAAACCUAAUCUGACCGUAGAUGCAGGUGGUGAGGAAACUUUACUAUCAGCGAGGAAUUACUUUGCCCAUUCAGCCAAACUUCUAAGUCAUCCGAAACGAGCACUUCUUGUAGGCGUUUUUCAAAAUCAACCUCUGGAGUACAUACUUGAACAACAACGUCUCUUAGACCUCGACAUAGUUCAACUCCAUGGUUCGGAACCAAUUGAAUGGGCUCGUCUCAUACCCGUUCCCGUCAUCAAGGCGUUCAAGCCCCACGAACAAGGAUGGGGAACAAGGGGAUAUCAUGCGAUUGCAUUGCUAGACUCCGGCGCUGGCGGUAGUGGUACAAGGCUAGAUCUAAGCGAGGUCAAGAGGGCGCUAGCAAAAGAUGCUGGAGUUGACGUCGUGCUUGCAGGAGGCUUACAUCCCGGCAAUGUAAAGGAGAUUUUGAAGGAGCUGGACUCUGUGGGAGCGCAGGUUGUUGGUGUAGAUGUCAGCAGUGGGGUGGAGACGGAUGGUGAACAGGAUUUAAAUAAGAUACGGGACUUUAUUUCCGCCGUUAAAAGCGUUUGACUGGACUGUCCAAAACCAGUCUAUAAGAAAAUGACACCGGAGUCCUCUUUUAUUUCAUUAGACUAGUUGAUACUCAAAGUCACAUCAGCCUUCUGAACCCUCAGUUUGCCGCUAAAGUUCAAAUUCGUCGCAGCUUCGAUUUAAGCAUC